AUGGCCAGGCUCACUCUUCUUGCAGGUUUGUGCUUGGUCUUGUGUCACUUUGCAACGUCCAGGCAGUUGGUGUGCUAUUUCACCAACUGGUCUCAAUACCGACCUGGAGCUGGGAAGUACAUGCCUGCUAAUGUAGAUCCCUUCCUGUGUACACACCUAAUUUAUGCCUUUUCUAUUAUCAACCAUGCCAAUGAGCUUGUCACAUAUGAAUGGAAUGAUGAAACCCUCUACCAGUCCUUCAAUGGUUUAAAGAAAACAAACCCCCACCUUAAAACUCUUUUGGCUGUUGGUGGAUGGAAUUUUGGCUCAACUCAGUUUUCCAUCAUGGUCUCCUCAGCCGCCAACCGUCAAAAGUUCAUCCAGUCAUCCAUCGCAUUCCUGAGGAGACAUGGAUUUGAUGGUCUGGACUUGGAUUGGGAAUACCCAGGUGCCAGAGGUAGCCCUCCUGAGGACAAACAGAGGUUUACUUUAUUGUGCAAGGAACUAUUGGAAGCUUUUGAGGCAGAAGGUAAAACUACUGGACAGCCUAGGCUCAUGGUUACUGCUGCAGUAUCUGCUGGAAAGGGCACAAUUGAUUCUGGAUAUGAAAUAUCAAAGAUUGCAAACUAUCUUGACUUCAUCAAUGUGAUGACCUAUGACUUCCAUGGAACAUGGGAAAGCUUCACAGGACACAACAGUCCCCUGUUUGUGGGAUCUAAAGACUACGGAGAUCUUGUUUACUUCAACGCUGAUUAUGCAAUGAAAUACUGGAGGGAUAAUGGUACCCCGGUGGAGAAACUAAGGAUGGGAUUUGCCACAUAUGGUCGUACCUUUCGUCUCUCUUCUUCAGCUACUGAAGUAGGAGUGCCAGCCAGUGGACCAGCCUCUGCUGGAUCUUUCACUCGAGAGGCCGGCUUUUGGUCCUAUUAUGAGAUCUGUGGAUUUCUUCAAGGAACAAAACUUGAGUGGAUUGAGGAUCAGAGAGUACCAUAUGCUACAAAGGGUGGUGAAUGGGUUGGCUUUGACACCAGGGAGAGCUUUGAGAUCAAGGCAAGGUAUCUGCAGGACAACAAGUUUGGGGGGGCUUUUGUUUGGGCUCUGGAUCUGGAUGACUUUGCUGGAGAUUUCUGUGGGCAAGGGAAGCAUCCCCUUAUGGGCCACCUACACAAGCUCCUAAAUAUUGAGCUGCCUCCUCUGCCUUCCACCACUACCCCCAAGCCUGGUCAAACAACCACCCCAAAACCAACCACAACAACCACAACUACCACACAUGAGCCUGGAACUGGAUUCUGUGCUGGAAAGCCUGAUGGCAUGUAUCCUCACCCUGAUGACCCAAACAAAUACUAUGACUGUGCUGGCGGUAAAACCUUUGAACGGAAAUGCGGACCUGGAACAGUGUUUAAUGACUCAUGCAAGUGCUGUGUCUGGGCUAGGCAUUAAACUCAAUAGCUUUCAUCAGUAAAAGCACAUUAAAUGCUGUACAAAAGCCAUGACACUGCGCAAUUUUAGGAAUUUAUAUAAGGUAAGAUUUCUGAAACAGUAUUGGUGCAAUUACCCAUAAUCAGAAAAAAUUUUGAUUAAUCUGAUACUGACUUCAGAAUACCAAAAAAGAAAGAAAGAAAAAAUAAAUAAAAAAAGAAAACCCAUUCCGAACACAGUUGUUUAUUGACUAUUAUAUAAUAUAAUUAUGUAUAUGUGCUAAAUCUAUCUUUUUAAACAUUAUAAA